AUGUCACAUCCUCCCUGCUGCCAGCACUUCACCACCCACAGGGAAUAUGUCACAUCCUCCCUGCCGCCAGCACUUCACCACCCACAGGGAAUAUGUCACAUCCUCCCUGCUGCCAGCACUUCACCACCCACAGGGAAUAUGUCACAUCCUCCCUGCUGCCAGCACUUCACCACCCACAGGGAAUAUGUCACAUCCUCCCUGCUGCCAGCACUUCACCACCCACAGGGAAUAUGUCACAUCCUCCCUGCCGCCAGCACUUCACCACCCACAGGGAAUAUGUCACAUCCUCCCUGCCGCCAGCACUUCACCACCCACAGGGAAUAUGUCACAUCCUCCCUGCCGCCAGCACUUCACCACCCACAGGGAAUAUGUCACAUCCUCCCUGCUCCCAGCACUUCACCACCCACAGGGAAUAUGUCACAUCCUCCCUGCUGCCAGCACUUCACCACCCACAGGGAAUAUGUCACAUCGCCUCUGCCGCCAGCACUUCACCACCCACAGGGAAUAUGUCACAUCCUCCCUGCUGCCAGCACUUCACCACCCACAGGGAAUAUGUCACAUCCUCCCUGCUCCCAGCACUUCACCACCCACAGGGAAUAUGUCACAUCCUCCCUGCUGCCAGCACUUCACCACCCACAGGGAAUAUGUCACAUCCUCCCUGCCGCCAGCACUUCACCACCCACAGGGAAUAUGUCACAUCCUCCCUGCUGCCAGCACUUCACCACCCACAGGGAAUAUGUCACAUCCUCCCUGCUCCCAGCACUUCACCACCCACAGGGAAUAUGUCACAUCCUCCCUGCCGCCAGCACUUCACCACCCACAGGGAAUAUGUCACAUCCUCCCUGCUCCCAGCACUUCACCACCCACAGGGAAUAUGUCACAUCCUCCCUGCCGCCAGCACUUCACCACCCACAGGGAAUAUGUCACAUCCUCCCUGCCGCCAGCACUUCACCACCCACAGGGAAUAUGUCACAUCCUCCCUGCCGCCAGCACUUCACCACCCACAGGGAAUAUGUCAUCUCCUCCCUGCCCCCAGCACUUCACCACCCACAGGGAAUAUGUCACAUCCUCCCUGCUUCCAGCACUUCACCACCCACAGGGAAUAUGUCAUCUCCUCCCUGCUGCCAGCACUUCACCACCCACAGGGAAUAUGUCACAUCCUCCCUGCCGCCAGCACUUCACCACCCACAGGGAAUAUGUCACAUCCUCCCUGCCGCCAGCACUUCACCACCCACAGGGAAUAUGUCACAUCCUCCCUGCCGCCAGCACUUCACCACCCACAGGGAAUAUGUCACAUCCUCCCUGCUCCCAGCACUUCACCACCCACAGGGAAUAUGUCACAUCCUCCCUGCCGCCAGCACUUCACCACCCACAGGGAAUAUGUCAUCUCCUCCCUGCCCCCAGCACUUCACCACCCACAGGGAAUAUGUCACAUCCUCCCUGCUCCCAGCACUUCACCACCCACAGGGAAUAUGUCAUCUCCUCCCUGCUCCCAGCACUUCACCACCCACAGGGAAUAUGUCACAUCCUCCCUGCCGCCAGCACUUCACCACCCACAGGGAAUAUGUCACAUCCUCCCUGCUGCCAGCACUUCACCACCCACAGGGAAUAUGUCACAUCCUCCCUGCUCCCAGCACUUCACCACCCACAGGGAAUAUGUCACAUCCUCCCUGCUGCCAGCACUUCACCACCCACAGGGAAUAUGUCACAUCCUCCCUGCCGCCAGCACUUCACCACCCACAGGGAAUAUGUCACAUCCUCCCUGCUGCCAGCACUUCACCACCCACAGGGAAUAUGUCACAUCCUCCCUGCUCCCAGCACUUCACCACCCACAGGGAAUAUGUCACAUCCUCCCUGCCGCCAGCACUUCACCACCCACAGGGAAUAUGUCACAUCCUCCCUGCUCCCAGCACUUCACCACCCACAGGGAAUAUGUCACAUCCUCCCUGCCGCCAGCACUUCACCACCCACAGGGAAUAUGUCACAUCCUCCCUGCCGCCAGCACUUCACCACCCACAGGGAAUAUGUCACAUCCUCCCUGCCGCCAGCACUUCACCACCCACAGGGAAUAUGUCAUCUCCUCCCUGCCCCCAGCACUUCACCACCCACAGGGAAUAUGUCACAUCCUCCCUGCUUCCAGCACUUCACCACCCACAGGGAAUAUGUCAUCUCCUCCCUGCUGCCAGCACUUCACCACCCACAGGGAAUAUGUCACAUCCUCCCUGCCGCCAGCACUUCACCACCCACAGGGAAUAUGUCACAUCCUCCCUGCCGCCAGCACUUCACCACCCACAGGGAAUAUGUCACAUCCUCCCUGCCGCCAGCACUUCACCACCCACAGGGAAUAUGUCACAUCCUCCCUGCUCCCAGCACUUCACCACCCACAGGGAAUAUGUCACAUCCUCCCUGCCGCCAGCACUUCACCACCCACAGGGAAUAUGUCAUCUCCUCCCUGCCCCCAGCACUUCACCACCCACAGGGAAUAUGUCACAUCCUCCCUGCUCCCAGCACUUCACCACCCACAGGGAAUAUGUCAUCUCCUCCCUGCUCCCAGCACUUCACCACCCACAGGGAAUAUGUCACAUCCUCCCUGCCGCCAGCACUUCACCACCCACAGGGAAUAUGUCACAUCCUCCCUGCCGCCAGCACUUCACCACCCACAGGGAAUAUGUCAUCUCCUCCCUGCCCCCAGCACUUCACCACCCACAGGGAAUAUGUCACAUCCUCCCUGCUCCCAGCACUUCACCACCCACAGGGAAUAUGUCAUCUCCUCCCUGCCGCCAGCACUUCACCACCCACAGGGAAUAUGUCACAUCCUCCCUGCUGCCAGCACUUCACCACCCACAGGGAAUAUGUCACGUCAUGGACCCACAUACAUCAUCUGAUAUUCUGGCAUGCAAGCUGCUAACUGUGAAGGGUGUUCCUCCAAAGGUGGUUUGA